CACAUCACUAAAUGGUUGAAUUGCGAUUGAUAAUGUCAACAUGACAGUCAAAAUGUCAAUAUCAAUCAAUCAAUAGUUUCUGUUUCUAUAAAAUAGAAAACGGCGCGUCUAGCAUUUUGAGAAUUUAUUUAGAACAUUUUACUGAAAUUGUGUGAAUGUUGAAGUGAUUUUAAAAUGUCUACCUCAAUAGAUCAAAAGGCGUAUUUGCAAAAAUAUCUAAGCGGGUCAUCUGGUGAUAAAAAGAAAAAGAAGAAAAAGGUUUCAAAAGGCAAGGGAUUCAAAAUAAUUGAUGAUGACAUUGAUCUCACAAAACUCCGUCCGUUGGAGGGUGACGAGCUGGAUAUCCUCGGGGAGGGAGAGGAUGCUCCACAGAUCGCCGGCAUCAUUGACGAGAGACCUGAUGAGGUGAAGAAGAUGGAACAAUUCAAAACUAGCUCUAAAUGGCGGGUUGUCAAUCAGGAUGAUGGUUUCAACAGUAAAAUACAAAUUCAAGAAAUAAAGAAAGACAUAAAAGAAGUUCAGAAAGAGAAUGAAUUAGUUUUCGGUAAAAUGUACAGCGAUUCUGAGGAUGAGAAGAAGAGUGACUCUGACGCCUCUCCACCGAGGAGACAGAGCUCUGACAAAAGCAAAACCACUUCAAAGAAACCUCAAACAAACAGCGACAGCGACUUCAGUCCGCCCAGAAAGGGAAAAAGAGAAUCUCCUCCAAAGAAAAUUUCGGGUAGUGAUUCAGAUUUAUCGCCUCCCAGAAAGCAUGAAAGUAAAUCUAAUCAGAAAACUAAGGAAAGGGUGAGAAAACCUAGUCGCUGGGGAGAGGCAGAUAAAGAAGACAGGAGACAGUCAAGUCCAGAAUCGCCUAGAAGGUCAAAGAAAACUACUUCUCCAGUUAGAAAGUAUAGUAAAUCUGAUAGUGACCAAUCACCCCCAAGAAAGAAGAAGAAUUACGACUCUGAUGCUUCACCUCCUAGAAGGAAAAACCAAGCAUCUCGUGACAGUCCCCCUAGAAAAUCACAGAAGAAUAACAGCUCUAAUUUGUCACCUCAAAGGAGAUUGCGAAAGAAUUACGAUUCUGACCAAUCGCCUCCUAGAAAGUCACGGAGAGACCAGAAAAGGAAUAAGACCCCAGAUUCAGACACAUCACCUCCUCGGAGAAGAAAUUCCCCUGUGAGACAAGAAAAAUCAAAAUACACAGAUAAAUAUAAUAAAUCUGGGAAGUAUGGUGAAAGUUCUCAAAAGCACAGAAGAUCGCCAGAUUCAGACAUGUCACCUCCUAGAAAGAGACCCUCAGGGGAUAAGAGACGGAGGUCCCCAACACCCCCUAGGAAGUCUAGAAAACAGUCUCCAGAACAUUCUAAGAGAAGACAUGAUAGUGACAGCGAUUUAUCGCCACCUAGGAAAGAAAAGGACGCAAGAAAAGACACUAGAUUUAAACCAACAAGCGACAGUCCACCACCAUCGAACAAGAGGAUGGCAACGAGAACUCUAGAAGGCAAGAUGGCGGGCCUACAGGACGCCAAGCAACUAAGAGAGGAGAACGAAGCAUUCCGACGGAGAGAAGACGAGGCGUUUAGUAGACUCGGGGACGAUGUCUCGGGCAGAAACGCGCAGGCGGUGUCUAGAAAAACUAAAAGAGAAACAUCGGAAGAUAGACAAAAACAGAAAGAAAAAGCAGAAAGACAAAAGGAACUUGAUGAAAAAUACAAAAGAUGGGGCAAAGGUUUAAAACAAUUAGAGCAACAAGAAGCCCGCAUACAGGAUUACAUGCACGAGUCGUCGAAGCCGCUUGCUCGCCACAAAGACGACCGCGACCUCGAGGCGUCUUUGAAAGACAUCGAGCGAGACGGCGACCCCAUGCUGCAGUACAUUAGGGAGCGGAAAAGAGAAAGGGGAGAGUUGCCGCCAGAGAAACCGACGUACAAAGGCAACUUCCCCCCAAACCGGUUUAACAUCCGACCAGGUUACCGCUGGGACGGCGUCGACCGCUCCAACGGGUACGAGAAGAAGUACUUCGAGCAGCAGAGCAAGAGGAAGGCUUUGGAGGAGGAAGCUUACAAGUGGAGCACUGAGGACUUGUAAAUCUUCAUGUCAAUCGUCCAUAUUAAUACAGGGUGUUAGUGACAUCGUAACGAAUACUGAGGGGGAUGAUUCAGACCAUGAUUCUGAGUUAAUAUCAAGUGGAAUUUUUCGUCGCAAAAUUAAUGAUUUAUAGUUUUUUUUUUUAAUUAUUUUCAUUUCUAAACUUUUGCGAUCGUAAAUUCCACAUGAUAUUAACUCAGAAUAAUGAGCUAAAUCAGCCCCCUUAGUAUUCGUUACGAUGUCACUUAUACCCUGUACCAGUACAUACAGGUCGCCAUACAAGUAAGUAUGGGUGUUACUGAUACCGUAGAAUACUGAGGGGGAUGAUUCAGGCCAUGAUUCUGAGUUGAUAUUAAGUGGAAUUUCCUGUCGUAAAAUUCAUGAAAUUUUGAUAUCAACUCAGAAUCAUGGCCUGAAUCAUCCCUCCAAAGUUUUCUUUAUGAUGUCACUAACACCCAUACCUCUUGGGGGCCACAUAAUGGACCCCAGGAAGUCAUGGAGCUUUCUCCCAAAAAGACGUUGGAUCUCUUCGAACGGAUCGAUCUAGAGGAUAUUUAAAUGUAGGGAUUUAGGUCACAAUAGAUCUGACAAGGUCGCAGUCAUCUCGCGGGCUGCAUUCAACACCCAUACCUCAUAAUAAGCACACCCCGUACACUUCAUACAAAGCUCUUCGGUGUACACCACACUACACAUUGACGUUAUCGUACACGCAUCUGUGUUUAUGACGUCUGACGCUAUACGAUUGAAGGCUAUACGAAGUAACACAUUGCUGCAGGUCCAGCACCGGGGUUCGACUAUUAUAAAUGCAAAAGUGACUGCUCGUUACCUUAAACUUUUCAUGUUUAAACUGCUGGACUGAUUUAGAUGAAAUGUGAGACCUAGGGAAGAAUCUAGGAUAUUUUUUAUCUCUAUUCUAGUCUAUGGUCGAACUUACAGUACUUUCCAGAACGGUCUAUUACCGUUAUUAUUUUAAAAAAAGAAUGUAACAUUUUGUGAAUAGGAAAUAAAUUAUACAUAGGUGCUAAUUCUGGCAAACAAAAACUGUUCCAAAACUAGCGGUAUCUCUUUCUUUCGCUUAUAUUUUUUCUUUUUGGAUUUUUUGGCCUGGUUACAUUUACCUUACCUUUAGGCCAAUCUUUCGCUUAUAGUAAGUGAAGCACUAUUAAAGUUGCCAAAACUAAAUUAAUAUCUAGUUUUGUCUGUCAAAAUCAGCACCAAACACCAUGUGUCAUCUUUAUCAGGGUUCCAUGACUGUUAUAUAUUAUUUCCCUCGUUUGUACAGUUUUAUAUCUGUGUAUUUGGUUUAUGAAUUGUCAUCAUGAUGAAAAUGAGAUAAACGUGUAAAUAUAUGAAUAAAUGCUAGUUUUUA